UACCCCGCCACAGCCGCCAGAAGUCGGGGGGACGCUUAUAAUUGGAUGAGAAAUGGGCGGGUUUGCACGGUUGCGCCUGAGCGCUUCUAAAAUUGCUGCUUCCGGUCCAAGAGCCUUGGAAAUUAAUUUGGGGUCUUUCUCUAAGGUGGUUCGGGAAGGAAGCGCAGCCUCCUCCUGUUGCUUCCCUAGUCCUGUCCUCCGCUCUCCCCGAAACUAGAAUUUGACGGCCGGGUCAGAGAGGACGACGCUUCGCCGGGCCCUAUGCCCCUGCCAUGGAUGAGGGUGGUUCCCGCAUACGCCGGCGAGUGUCGUUCCGCAAAAGGAACCGUACCAGCCUAGAGAGCAUUUUGGCCGUCCCCUCUACAGCCGAGCUCAAGCCUGGAAAUGAGGAGGAGGAGGAGGAGGUGGAGGCUGGGAGCCGGCGGCGGAAAACCGUGGGCUUGCUGCCGGUGGAGCAUCAAGACAGUGAAGAGGACAUGUUUGGUGAUUAUGAUGGUUUUACUGAAAACUCUUUUUUAGCUCAAGUUGAUGACCUGGAACAAAAAUAUAUGCAACUUCCUGAAGAUAGUAAACAUGCUACAGACCUUGUCACUGAAGAUCUUUGUUCAGAAAGCAUCAAAAACAUCAAAUUCAACAUUACUACUGUAGACAGCUUUACUGAAUUAAAAACUGAUGAGCACAUAAACUGCCAGAGUGGGCAUCAAGAUGUCACUAUUCAACCUGGAGCUGAUAUUUUGUAUGAUGUACCUUCUUCACAGGUUUUAUUUUAUGAAAAUUUGCAGAACUCUUCAAAUGAUUUGGGCAACUGGUCUACGAAAGAAAAGGAAUUGCCCCAUAAUUGCAUAGAGCAACCCCAGCAAAGUGAUGAAACCUCUUCUAAAAUCAGAACUAGUCCAGAUGUGAAUAGGAGAAAAAGUCUUAAAGAUCAUCUAAAAAGUGCCAUGACUGGAAAUGCCAAGGCCCAGACACCUAUGUUUUCUAGAACUAAACAGCUCAAAGAGACUCUCCUAUCUGAAGAAAUUAAUGCUGCUAAGAAAACAAUUGAGUCAUCGUCAGGUGACCUUGGUCCUUUUUAUUCCUUACCCAGCAAAGUGAGAGACAUUUAUGCUCGGUUCAAGGGAAUUGAAAAAUUAUAUGAAUGGCAACAUACUUGCUUAACAUUGAAGUCUGUGCAAGAAAGAAAAAAUUUAAUUUAUUCCUUGCCAACUAGUGGUGGAAAAACCCUAGUGGCUGAGAUUUUAAUGCUACAGGAACUGCUUUGCCGGAGGAAAGAUGUUUUGAUGAUCCUACCUUAUGUAGCAAUUGUUCAAGAAAAGAUUUCAGGUUUGUCAAGUUUUGGUAUAGAACUGGGUUUCUUUGUUGAAGAAUAUGCUGGAAGCAAAGGAAGAUUUCCUCCAAUUAAAAGAAGAGAAAAGAAAUCACUAUAUAUUGCCACUAUUGAAAAAGGACAUAGUCUGGUGAACUCCUUAAUUGAAACUGGAAGGAUUAGUAGUCUAGGUCUGGUCGUGGUAGAUGAGUUGCACAUGAUUGGUGAAGGAAGCCGUGGGGCUAUACUGGAAAUGACCCUAGCAAAAAUCCUCUAUACUAGUAAAACAACUCACAUUAUUGGAAUGAGUGCAACAUUAAACAAUGUUGAAGACCUGCAAGAGUUCCUUCAAGCAGAAUAUUACACAAGUCAGUUUAGACCAGUUGAAUUAAAAGAAUAUCUGAAAAUAAAUGAUGCUAUAUAUGAGGUUGACAGCAGAGCUGAGAAUGGCAUUACUUUUUCACGUCUCCUUAAUUAUAAGUAUUCUGAAACCCUGAAAAAGAUGGAUCCUGAUCACUUGGUAGCAUUGGUGACAGAAGUUAUUCCCAAUUAUUCCUGCUUAGUUUUUUGUCCAACUAAGAAGAACUGUGAAAAUGUAGCAGAAAUGAUAUGCAAGUUUUUAAGCAAGGAAUAUCCAAAACACAGGGAAAAAGAAAAAUAUGAGGUGCUGAAGAACUUGAAGAAUAUCAGCAGUGGCAACCUGUGUCCUGUAUUAAAGCGUACUAUCCCAUUCGGAGUUGCCUAUCACCAUAGUGGUUUGACCAAUGAUGAAAGGAAGCUGUUGGAGGAGGCCUAUUCCUCAGGAGUUCUCUGUCUUUUUACCUGUACAUCCACUCUAGCAGCAGGUGUCAAUCUACCAGCCCGAAGAGUUAUUUUAAGAGCACCCUAUGUUGCUAAAGAAUUUUUAAAAAGAAAUCAAUAUAAACAGAUGAUUGGCAGAGCUGGCCGUGCUGGAAUUGAUUCUGUUGGGGAGAGUAUCCUUAUAUUGCAAGAAAAAGACAAGCAACAGGUAUUGGAAUUAAUAAGCAGCCCAUUGGAAAACUGUUAUAGCCAUCUUAUUCAGGAAUUCACCAAAGGAAUCCAAACUUUAUUUCUCUCUUUGAUUGGAUUGAAGAUUGCAACAAAUCUUGGUGAUAUAUACAACUUUAUGAGUGGCACAUUUUUUGGUGUUCAGCAGAAGAUGUUGUUGAAAGAAAAAAGUCUCUGGGAAAUAACUGUUGAAUCGCUUCGAUACCUGACAGAAAAAGGACUCCUACAAAAAGACACUGUUUCUAAAUCUGAAGAAGAGUUCCAACAUAAUUUCCAUAUUACAAAGUUGGGACGAGCUUCUUUUAAGGGAACUAUAGAUUUGGCUUAUUGUGACAUUCUGUACAGAGACUUGAAAAAAGGGCUUGAAGGACUUAUACUUGAGAGCCUUCUUCAUCUUAUCUACCUAACAACUCCUUAUGAUAUGGUUGCUCAUUGUGACCCUGAUUGGAUGAUAUACUUCAGGCAGUUUAGCCAACUCAGUCUGGCAGAACAAAAUGUAGCUGCUCUUGUUGGAGUCCCUGAAAGCUUUAUUUGGAAGAAAGCAUCAGGUCAAGCAAUUAAGAAGAAGGUGGACAAGGACAUUGUCAACAGAUUAUACCUGUCUUUUGUUCUUUAUACCUUGCUCAAAGAGACCAACAUUUGGAGUGUGUCUGAAAAAUUUAAUAUGCCUCGAGGAUAUAUACAAAAUCUUCUCACUGGAGCUGCCUCGUUCUCAUCCUGUGUGUUACAUUUUUGUGAGGAGCUAGAGGAGUUUUGGGUUUAUAGAGCCCUUUUACUGGAACUUACCAAGAAGCUGACUUACUGUGUAAAGGCAGAGCUGAUCCCUCUCAUGGAAGUGACUGGAGUUUUAGAGGGUCGAGCAAAACAGUUAUACAGUGCAGGUUAUAAAAGUCUAAAGCACUUAGCUAAUGCAAAUCCUGAAGUGCUAAUAAGGACAAUUGAUCAUUUAUCAAGACGGCAGGCCAAGCAAAUUGUUUCAUCAGCAAAGGAACCAAGACAUUUGUUUCUUUGGAAACUCUUAAUGUUUCAAGGACAGUGGGAACUCAAGAAACAUUAACUGCUGGCAAAGAAAGGGAAGACUGAGCUGUUUGGGCACGGCAUAUAUCCAUAAAUAUGGACAAGGAAUAAUAUAAAAAAAGGAAAGCUGAAGUCUAGAGAACUGGGGGAAUAAAUAGGCCCAGUUUCCAAAAUCUGAACACAGCUAAAAAGCCUCCUUUAAUCUUACUGUGGAAACCAGUAGGACAUUUAUCUAAGACACAGACAGGUCACAGCAUUUGGUACCUGUUAGAAGUUGCUUCGUGCAGCCUGUACUUCCUAUUGAGGUCUGCUAUGUGCUGCAAAGGACAUAAAGGGGAAUCUGAUAGGACACAUACCUCAAGAAACAUGCAGUCCAGUACCAGAGAUGAAAAAGUGACAAGGAGAGGAAAUUAAGAGCAGAGGUAGAAACACAGUGCUAAGGGAGUUUAGAGGAGGAUAUUAAGGAGGUUGUGCAUCCACUCCACCCUCACUGAUCCACCUGGGAGAAAAGGGGACUCGUGGAGGGUCUGUGAGCACUGUGUGCCAGUCAAGACACAAACUAAGAUCCCAGUGAUGGCUUUGAUGAACUUUAUUAUCAGCAUUUUCUUACGAAGUCUGUAUCUGUCACACAAGACACACUCACAUACACAAAAUAACAAACCAACUAGAAAACCUCUUUUGAUUGCUAGUGAAAGAAACCCAACUCAAACCAGCUCAGGCAAGGAUUAAAAAAAAAAGAAAGAAAAGAAAUGUAUUGGCUCCCAUUACCAAGUGAUUCAGAAGCAAAGUCUUCAGGCAUGAUUGGAUCCAGGGUUAAAUUUUGUCCCCAGGAGACUGUCUUCUUUUAUCUUAAUUCUCCUUUCCCCUGAAUUGCUUCUCUUCUCAAUCAGUAUCUCCCAUGAUGGUCACAAAAUGGCUGCCUGCAGGCUCACAUCCAUACAGAUCCAAACCAUCCAAAAAACAAACUCCUCAUUCAUACUGUUCAUGGUGGUUAGAAGGAUGGAUUGUGGUGAUUGACCAAACCUUGGAUACAAGCCAGCCCCUGGAGCUACAGUGGUUUGGUCAUUCUCCGCUUCCCCUCAACCACAAGGACUGAGAAAGAAAAUCAAGAUGUUGUUCCCAAAAAAAGGGGGAUUGGCUGUUAGGCUGGUACAGACAGAGAUGCCUUCCACUAAGAGGGCUAGGUCACUUGAGAAUGGCAGUGUCCAUUGCGUGCAUCACCGAACAUUGCUGCAGCACGUAUCAGGCAGGCUUAACCCACAUAUUGAGAAGAGAAGCCUUAUUGGCAUCUGAGCCCCAGCUCUAGGCUUGGCUAACUGUUUGGUGUUUAAUAUUUGGAUAAUUUGUCUGGGCCAGUGGUUCUCUGUGGAAGGCGAUUUUGUCCCCCAGGGACAUUUGGCCAUGUCGGGAGACAUUUUUUGUUUGUCACAAGUUGGGAGGUGAUGAUACUAGCAUCUAACAUGUAGAGAGACCAGGGAUUCUGCUCAACAUCUUAAAAUGGGACAUCCCCCAACAACAAAGACUUACUUGGCCCUCAAAAUGCUUAUGGUGCUGAGGUUGAGAAACCCUGGCUCAGGUCAUCAGUAAAGUGAGUACUGUAUGUUUCUGCUGUUUUGCCUAAAAAGGAAAACUGUACACUUUUUAAGUGCUGUAUUUUUUUUGUUGUUGCCACAUUAUCUUGCACAAAUUAAGUGAGGACAGGUGACCCCACAAUAUUCCAAUUUACUAGUGUUCAAGGUGCAAAAUCCAUCUGAGAUGUGAACACACACAUUUCUUCAUGGUUUUGUAAUGGGCUAUUUGACACCGAUUCAUUCUUACUCUCUAAUUUCAUCUCAAUUCGGUUCAAGAUUAAGUUCUCUGUUGUUUAAAUGAU